AUGACCUUUGCGUGGAAAGCCGCUGGCCUCUCGUACAACCGCUACCUGGCAAUUGCCGGUCGCGCCGUGCGCCGCAGCCUGAAGGAGGACAAGAGACUCGUUGCUGAGCGCCGCGGCCAGCUCGACCUCCGCUUCUCAAAGUGGCAGGGUGGAAAGCAGGGCGAGCCUAAGAACGUGGCCGACGCCCAGGCCACUGCCGCUACCGAGGCCGCGUCCGCAUAA